ACACCCAACAUGUCCGCCCCGGUGUUCAGGCUUGGUAUUCUAAGGAGAGCAAUAUGGGGGGCCAAAUCACCAAGACCCAGCCCCUCAGCCCCCUCUUAGCCCCCCAAGCUCCUCUCCUAGCCCCCUCAGCCCCCCCUCCAGGACAGCCCCUCCACACGACGGGGGCCAUUCAGAAGAACGCGAAGAUGAGGUGGGAAUAUUUGAACACCAAGAUUUACAAACCCACGCCCACUGGGGAGGAGGAGAGGCCCGCGUUUGUAUGCCACGUGAAGAAGAACAUCAAAUACAGCCCAGAGAAGAUGUGGUAUAUUGCCUGCUUGGUGCGCGGGCUCAAGGUGGAUGACGCCCUUGCCCAGCUGCAGUUUGUGAGUCAGAAGGGCGCUGUGCACGUGAGGGAGGCACUGGAGGAGGCAAAGGAACUGGCUGUCAAGGACCAUUACGUGGAGUUUCCGAGUCAUUUGUGGGUUUCGGAGUCAUUCGUGGGGCGUGGCAUCGUGUACCGUGGCUUCAGGAGACACGCGCGGCGGAGGUUUGGCAAGGUGGAGUAUAGGCACUGCCACUAUUUCCUGACCCUGGAGGAAGGCACGCCACCCCAGCAGUAUUACUCUUACAAGGCCAGACCAGCCCCGGAGGAGAUGCUGAAAGAUUAUUUAGAGAAUUUGAGAAGGAGGAAUGUGCCGUAUGCUAUAUAGAGAGGGAGAUGGACAGGGGUGUGUGUGUGUGUGUAUGUGUGUCUCUGUCUCUCUUCUCUCUCUUUUUAGAGA